AUGCUGACAUUGAGUAUUAUGUCCUGUGCUAUUGUCUCAUCGAAUGCGCCUAAGCUGAAGAGCGGUGCUCCUUUUUGCUUGCUGCCUGUUCCUGAUGUUCUGGGGUCUUUUGUUCCGAUUUUCUAUGUACCUGCAUAUGACGAGUCUAUUGGUCUCAGUGUUGAUAUCUUCUUUUACCUGAUUGACAUCCUCAACGCGGGGUCCCUCUUUGGCCGAGUUUCCGGUGGCGCGGUGGCGAACCGUAUUGGGCGAUUGAAUUCUUUGACAGGGGCUUCGAUCACCUGUUCGAUUUUGAUCUUCUGUUGGCUGACUGUUACAUCUCAGGGUGGGAUGAUCGCCUUUUCGAUGUUGUUUGGGUUCUUUUCUGGGACAGUUAUUGGCUUGUUCCCUGCUACCAUUGCUCUGACUGCAACAAGUCGAAUGAGAUUGGCUCGUAUAUGGGAACGGCAUUGGGGGUUUGGGGUAUUUCCACUCUUACUGGAACGCCUAUCUCUGGGGCUAUGA